AUGGGGAAGGCAUCCGCCGCCGCCCCGCUGCAACGCACAGCCACAUACUGGACGGCGAUCGACACGGUCGUGAAGAAGGCUAUGAUAGAGAUGGAGUUAGAGCAGCAGCGGCUGCAGAUUGUGCAGAAGCUGGAAGCCAUGCAAGAUUGGUCGGCCAGCACCACCAGGUGCAUCUGCGGCAUGCAGCAUGACGACGAGUACAUGAUAUGCUGCGACAAGUGUCUGGUGUGGCAGCACUGUGACUGCAUGCAGCUGGAUCGGCAUUCGCUGCCUGAGAACUACCUGUGUGAGAAGUGCAACCCGCGGCCCAUCGACAAGUACCGCGCCAUCGCGCUGCAGGUGAAAAAGAAGGACGAACUCAUCUACGAUGUCAACGGUGACAGCGCGACGGACAGCGACACCGAAUCGAAGCUCUACAUGAACGACUCGCUGCCCGGCGAGCAGUCGCUGUCGCCCGGCGAGCCCGUGGCACCCCCUCGCCGCCCCGCCAACGCCGCCACCCUCGUCGCUCCGAACAGCAGCAUCAGCAAGCUAAAGCGUAAGAUGAAGGAGAAGCUCGUUAACAAGCGCAAGAUGAACGAGAGCAAGAAGCUGGAGCUCGCGGCCACGCGCCGCAACAACAUCCGCAAGCGCAAGAAACUUGCGGAGAAGAAUGGAGAAAUGCAGGUCGGCAGCAGCAACAGCGGCAGCAGCAGACGCCGCAUAAAGCGACUGCGCAGCAAGAGCGUUGCCGCGACGGCGGCGGCGACGACGUCGCUGGACAGCGGCGCGGACACGCCGGACGAGCAGGGGGAGCCACCAGUGGCGGCGCAGCAGCCGAGCGCUGUACAGCUUGCCAACAUCAACACGUACACGGCCGACGUGAAGGUGGCGCUGUCAAACGCGCGCAAGAACGGCCAUCACAAUGACAUCGACGACGACCUCAAGGUGAUUCAGCUGUCGAUGCAGCUGCAGGCGCACCUGUGUGCGGUGGCGGACGUCGGCGCGGUGGCGGACGUUGGCGCGGCGGGCCGUCGCGGCCUCAUUAUGACGGAGGCAACGCGCGAGGGACAGCUCGUUGCCGAGUACUACGGCCGCGUGAUGCUGCACCGCGAGUGGGAGGCUGAGAGCCCCGCGCACCACGUCCACAAGACGCCGCAUCCGUUCGUGCUGUCUACGACAAGGUUUCCUGGCGACGUCUUUGCGCGCUAG